AAGUACAGUUCUUAGCAGUUUUGUCUUUGGACUUCUGAUGGUAAAUACCAAAGCAAAACUCUGAGCGUGGAAAACGGAGCUGUUUUGAUAGAAAUACGUUCUGGGAAAGUAUUCAACAAAGUAAUCAUUUUGUUAAAGUGGAAUAGUGCAAUUUGAGCUGAAAUUCCUAAAUUAGCAUGUAUUGCUUUCUUUUUUUUUAAAAAAAAAAAAAAAAACAAACUCAAACGCUGUAAAACCCUGAGGGAGGAGUUGUGGGAGGCAAUUGCAUACAUAAAAUCUGAUGUACUUGCUUUUUAUCACCUUUCAUUUACUCUCUUCUAAGAAGGGGUAUGCAUUUAAAUGUCUCAGGUUUUCUGUAGUAUUACUCGUGCUUUCCAUUACCAUGUUAAUGGUGAGAAUUACCUUGAGAUUCUGCUACAGAGAUGAUCUCUGGAAGCAGAGAAUUUUAUUAACAAAGCUAGACUGUCAAAGUUCAACAGUUUUAGUUAUUGUUUAAAGGAAGGAGCUAUGUUUUGAGUUAGUUAAGCCACAAGGGACAUCUUAGAUGAAAACUUUGUAAGCAGAAGCAGAAAACACAAAGUGAUUUCUAAUUCUUAAUGAGUAAUUGGGGUCCUUUUUAACAAUGGAGGAGGGGGAUGGGUGUAGAAAUGCAAUUAAACCACUAAUCUACAUUUGUCUUUAUUCCAGUAAAUGAGAACAUGUGAACACAGGAUCUACUUCCCUACAUCAUAUAAACUUCUGCUUUCCAGAACUGUAGCCUGUCACAGAUAAAAGUAGUAAGGACAGAUGAGUAACUCUUAGUAAUAGAGAAUAUGCGUCAUAAUGCCUAUUUGCAUGGUAAGUUUUUAAAGUCAGAAUGACAGAAGGGAAGUUCUCAUUUUGAAAUCUUAAGAUACAAUUGGGUUUGUGUUGCUGCUGUUGUCAGAUGAGUUUUACUGUGUUAAGAAGGGAUAAAGAAAAAUACUAAUGUCAAACUGUAUCUUUGGUGCUUUAACCUGAAUUCCUACAGGUUCUUUCUGAUUCUAUACAUGCAAUUAAAGUUCUACUAAUAGAUGUUAUUUUCAGAGGAGUGAAGCUAAUGUUCUUAGAUGUGAUGUUAAGUUUAUUACAUUAGAUUGGUACCUUUACUUUGCUGUUAAGUACUGAAAAUUCAUUCAUGCCUCUCAAAAGUGCAAGGCCCAGUUUUCCUCUUCAUUGGUGGAGAAUCUUGGAACAGUAGUUAAAUUCUAUUUAAAGAAGUACACUUUCCUUUGUCUUUCCCAUGUCUCUGCUGUCAGUUCUUUCACAGUUGUGGUCAUGCAAUUUUUUUUCCUCUUUCUGGCUUCUACUUUCUUAAAGGAAGCUGUGAUGUAAGCAGGUAGUCUUGAAAAUAUCCCAGGAGUGGGGUGGUUCUCUGUUAGUGGACCAUGAUGGAUUUUGCAAAGCAAGAGUCCUAACUUUAUUUUCCCACUAAUGAAAAACAAACCGUUGUUUCAUAGCUAGACAGGACACUUUUGGCACCUUCCAAAGCCCUGGUAAUUUUGUAGCUGUAAUAUCCUAAGACAUAGGUUCCCUGGAAUAUAUUCAGUGACUGAACUGGAAAGUGUCUUGUAUUGUAUGAAAUAGGCAUCAACAAGAUGGAAUCUCGGGCUCUUUCUUUGUGUGUUAGAGCUGAUCAAGGGAUAAAAACACUGUGGUAAGUCAUUGUAAUUUGUAAUUGUAAAGUGUAUUGCAUCUCAGUCUACAAAAUAAAGCUGAUGACAGCUUAAUGAUGAGAGUAAAAUCCUGUGUAUUGCAGACUGUUUGUGCCUGUUUUCACAGUAGCUCUGACUUGAAAACUACUUAUUUUUCAAGAAGCAAGAAUAAAUAACACUUCAGGAACUAACGGAUGCAUUUUUUUGACUCUAGUUCCAGUGCGAUUAUAUGGCCUGCCCUGCCUUUGAAUAUUUUUUGGUUCAAUCUCACUUAAUCUGCAUUUCUCCAGUCUGCAAUCUGACUUAAUUGCAUUUUAUAGCAUGAGGCUUUGCACAGAAUAGGCUUCUUGGAGAAGGAGUCAGUUAGGCUGCAAUUUUUUUCCAUUAACUUGAAAGAAGAUAUAACACCUACAAAAAUACUGCUUCACCAUUAUACCACCUCUAUGUUGAUUUAUCUGUCUGGAUAAAAUUUAUGUUGUGAACUGAAUAGUUUAGGAUUUCACAGGAGAACUGCCAGCUUAGAAACCACCAUCUAACAAGCUCUAUUUUUCGGCCACUUUUCCUUUUCUGAAGAACAGUACUUCCUGUGUUUAUAUAAGCUUGUAAUAGCAUGACCAUCAAGUGAGUUCACAGCUCAAAUUGUGGCUUGAGGUUUCUGCAUUUACUCCAUUCUGCUACUAGAUGGCAGCCUUAUUCUAAGGACAGUUACUGUAUGUUCAGGCAUUAGUACUAUUGAAAGAGCAUCAUAUUCAGUUCUCAUUGGAAGCACAAUGAAAUGUAAUCAUUUUUCUUUAGAAUGUCACUUGCUUGUCUGUAACUUGAGUUUAAAAUCAUACUAAUAGGUACUUUUGACUAUCUGCAAUGACAAUAGGUAUCUUCAAUUGUUUUGGGUUGUUAGCUCUUGAACUGUGAAAAUUGGUAGGGAGAAGUAAUUUCCCAGGAGCACAGAAUAACCCUGAACUUCCAGGUGGCAACUUAAUAAAAAUGGUUUAAGGAAACUUCAGCUCUCCUGAAGUCAUAUCUAUCUAUCUGUAGUUAUAUAUAGCAUAGCUAUAGAUAAUAUUUUAUUUGCUCAAAUUUUACAGACAUGUCUAAUAUGUUGUUUUUACUCUAAAAGUGUUAUAACUGAUUAAAAAAAUUGAAAAUAGGACAAGGGAAGGAGAGUACUUCGCAGGUUAGAAUCGUCCUUUGGCAGAACAGAAGCAUUUACAAGGGGAGACUGGAGUUCUGAGAAACUUGCUUCAAAUGAUGCUCAGGUCACAAAUGAGGUCUUCGUGGUGGUUUUGCUUAGUGCUUUUGAAUUCUUUUUGUUGCGGGGGUUAUCUUUUUCUUUCUUUCUUUUUUUUUUUUUAAUGUGAAACAUUCAUGGAAGCUACUAGCAGCACUGCGUCCUUUCCUUGGGUGCUUAGUGUCUUACUGCCUAGGAGGACAUAGUGCUUGCCUUUUGUCCUUCAAGAUAUUGAUAACCUAUGAAAAAGCAAUAGAACCAGAAAGCUAUCAUAAACCACGGUUGAAUUUAAACCUCUCUGAAUUGUUGAUCUCGAGCAUGUGAUUCCCUUACAUGCAUGUACACAUUCAGGUAUUGCUCGUACUGUAUUUUGUAUCUUUAAGCACUUCUAUGCAAGUGUUUUGUCUGAAUCAGUGUUUUUAAAGCAAAUCUCUUGAUAGUCUCUAUUUCUGGUACUUUUGUAUUAUGGAAUGGUCAUGGGGAGCAGGAACUAGAUUGCUUUCAGAAGAAAUUGACCUUGAAGAUGUCCUUCAGCUGUUAGAGGGUGCUUGAUCUUCAGGACCUGGUGUACGUCUAGCAGAUGGUGGGCUCUCAGUGCCAACUGUUUAACUCUGUAGAUUUCCGGUUGUGCCAUACUUAUUGCUUAUUAUGAAAAUAUAGCAAAACAAAUGUUAAUGAGUUUAACCAGUGCUUUCAGAUGAGUCUAAAAGCAGUUGAUACUUCAAAGUAUUUACAAUACCAUCAGUGGUAUGUAGUAGGUUUCCUACUUUAUUUCAGUAUGGAUUCUGGUAGAUAAUCCUCUAGCAAAUCUAACUAGUGUUUUAAGGUGUUGCUUUCCCUAGUUGUUUGCCUCAUCACCCUUUUGGAAGUUGCUACUUAAGCAGCAGUGGUGGAAAGACAGCUCUAAUAAGCAGUAGAAACAUAUAUUUUUUCCCUUUCUUUAAGCUGUCACUUUCAGAAUUCACUAAUAGUUACAAGAUUCUAAGUCUGACUGCACCAAAGCUAUGUCUGAUUAAAUAUCCUUUCCAUUAGGAGGAAGAUGUUCAAAUUGAUCUAACACUGCAAUAACAUACUGUGUAUUUUUAGUAGAUAUUGUGAAUUCAUAAUGAAUAGAAAGAAUCUGUAAAUUAAUGUACUAAAGAAUGUGUUUUUUCUGCUUUUUAGAUAGGGUUGUUCACAGCUGCUAGCUGUUGAAUUAGAUUUGCAAUCUAAGUAAAAAACAAGAAAAUCAUUAGCUAAAAGGCAGUGGAAAUGGAUAACUGCGUGUAUUUCUUUCUCCAGGGAAGAAGAAAAAACAAACAAAAAAAACCCUAAAGCUGCUUUCACUGAAGUUGUUCAAUUUCAAGUUCAAAAUGUGAUUCUCAAGAAUCGCUUGGUAUCAUCAUGCAGCAUAUUCUCCAGGAAAGAGUCAGCACAUUGGUCAUCUUGCUAUACAACCCCAAGUGGAAACGAAGCACUUGUUUUUGCUGUGAGAAGGGUAGCCAGAUUUAUACCCACCCUUCUGGACCUGACAUCUCUUAGGUCGUAAUGAAAAAGGCCAAAGAUAAGCCUGAAGAGAGUGGUGCAAAACCUAAGCAUGGGCUUAGUAACAGAGGAACCCAAACUGAAAGCACAAAGCCUUUGGAAGAGACUAAAAGUGUGAAAAAGCUGCAUCUAAACAACGAAGCACGUGAGAAGGUGAACGCUUCCAGUGUUGUAGCCAACAAAGCUGCCUUGAAACCCCAAGCUAAAGACAGGACAGCACAGCAGCAAGCAGUAGAAGGUGCUGGCAAGAAACAGAGCUCUAAGAGCUGUCAACAGCAAAAGGACGUUGGUGUCAAAGCUUUGAAUCAACACAAUGGUCUUCCCUUUGUAAAUCAAGAUCACGUAGGCAACCAAAAUGUUCCUGUUAAAGCACACGAUAUGGACAGAGCCCCACACCUAGAUGAGUGCUCCAGGCAGCCUGUUCAUCAGAAACUUGGAGAGAAUGAAAGCAAACCUCUACUGCCAAGUGCGGCAUCCCGGGAAGCUGUGCCCUCAACAUCCCAGGCUAUAUCUGACACAGGGUGUGAGGUGACACAUACCAGGAUAUCCAUCAAUGUCCAUGUGGCUGAAAUGAAAGAAAAGAUCGAGACCAAGGAAGAAAUCUCAAAUGAUCACAGACACGGAUGUCCCAAAGUAAAAUCCCCAUCCUCCACAUCAGCAGAAGUACAUGAACAGCCACCUGGUAAAUUAAAACUUAAACAGAGUCCUAAGAACAUCAGCACUGAACCAAAACAAGAAGUGAAAGGGGACAGUAAGCAAAAUGAACUUGCAUCAAAAACAGGCAACCAACAGCUGUUACUGACCAAGCCCAAACCAGGUAAAAAGACUGAAGACAAGUCAGAAGUAAAAAGUAAGCCUAAAGCCCCACAAAAUACCUCUGCAACAGAGCCAAAGAAAGAUCUGGGGAUAGAAGUGAAAAUCCAUCAAGAAACAGUAAAAGCAGAAGAUUCCUUGACAGUUACUGGCUCUGAGAAGAGAGAAUCUGAGUCUGCAUCUUCAGGAGGAAGUGAAAAUGAUGCAGGCCAAUGUGCAGGAAUGGUACUGCAGAACACUACGUCAUUGGAAGCUAGCAAAGAGUCUUCCGCACAGGAUGAAGUGGUCAUUGAUGACAGCCCUUCUCCCCCGGCUCCUUUUGAACAUCGCAUAGUUAGUGUCAAGCAAACCGAAGUGACAACGUGCUACUCAGUGUGUCAUCAUGAAGUACUUGGGGGGGGGCGUUUUGGGCAAGUCCACAAGUGCACGGAAAUAGCAACUGGUCUCAAUCUGGCAGCCAAAAUCAUAAAAGUGAAAGGAUUAAAAGAAAAGGAGGAAGUGAAAAAUGAAAUUAACAUAAUGAACCAAUUAAAUCACGUGAAUCUGAUCCAGCUUUAUGAUGCCUUUGAAGCCAAAAACAAUAUCACUUUGAUCAUGGAAUAUCUUGAUGGUGGUGAAUUAUUUGACCGGAUCAUAGAUGAAAACUACCAUCUAACAGAGUUGGAUGCAAUCUUAUUUACCAAACAAAUCUGUGAAGGAGUCCACUACUUGCACCAGCAUUAUAUUCUCCAUUUAGAUCUGAAGCCUGAAAACAUAUUAUGUGUAAAUCACACAGGAAACCAGAUUAAAAUCAUUGAUUUUGGAUUAGCAAGAAGGUACAAGCCUCGUGAAAAACUGAAGGUUAAUUUUGGAACUCCAGAGUUCUUGGCUCCUGAAGUAGUGAACUAUGACUUUGUUUCCUUCCCAACAGACAUGUGGAGUGUAGGAGUCAUCACAUACAUGUUGCUCAGUGGCCUGUCCCCGUUCCUGGGAGAAACUGAUGCAGAGACAAUGAAUUAUGUAGUCAAUUGCAGCUGGGAUUUUGAUGCAGAAGCAUUUGAACAGCUAUCAGAGGAAGCAAAAGACUUUAUUUCCAGACUACUUGUGAAAGAGAAAAGCUGCCGGAUGAGUGCAACACAGUGUUUGAAACACGAGUGGUUAAACAAUCUGCCUGCCAAAGCCAAGAAGUCCAAGCUUCGCCUAAAGUCCCAGUUGUUGCUGCAGAGUUACGUGGCUCAGAGAAAAUGGAAGAAACAUUUUUAUGUGGUGGCUGCUGCUAACAGACUGAAGAGAUUUCAGAGUGUGGCUGUCAAGCUUCCUUAAGCUUGUAAGAAGCAUCUAGCACUCAUGAAGACGGACAUGAAGCCAUGGGAGAAGGACUCCGUAUCUUCAAUAGUUUCUACCUUUUUCUUUUAUAGCAUAAAGUUUUGCAUCCAUCUUUCUCAAACAUUGUGUGUUAGUGCUUAGGUUCCUGAAGUGCCUUGAGGCAGAGGCACUGAAAUGACUUCUGAAACCAGAAAAUACCUUGGUUUGUUGUUACAAGUUUUUAGUUGUACAUAGUGAUGGAAGAAUAUGGCAGUUAGUAGGGCUGACUUCUCACUGAAGGCUUUGAUUCUGCAGAAUAUUGUUGGUCUGUUUACAUCAGAGAACACCUGGGCAGUUUUUUGGAUUCUCACUCUAGGCAUGGGGUCUCUAAAGGCUUUCUUCACAACUGCUGUACAUCAUCAAUUUCAGAGCACUGCCAGAAGAGGGGCACUUUUUUUUUUUUUUUACUCAGGUGUCUAUUACUUAGGGAAAAAAAAAAUAUAUAUAUAUAUAUAUAUAUAUUGGACAUCCUUUUCUUCUGUAAGUUUUCCAAAAAGAUUUUUUUUCUAAAAUAUAAGGGUGAUGAUUCAGUACAACUACUUUUUUGAUUCUUUUUUGAAGUUUUUGAUUCUUUUUUUUUUUUUUUUCCUGUUCUCCUUUAAAAAGCAGGUACUGCCUGGUUAGCAAAUAAGACAAAUCUGGUUUGAAGCAAUUUAAGUCAAUUUGUCCAUUACUGUUUUUUCCUAUGGUCAAUUGAGUUGAGCUGAAUUGAUUGAAGUUUUACUUUGGGGGGGAGAUAAGGGAAACUGCCAUGAAUAAAAGUUACCUAUUGACUGUUGGUUCUGUGCAAAAAGAUCUCAUGUUGUCCAGAAAAGAUUUCCAGACACUUGAUUACACAUUGGAAAUUUGUGAGUGCUUUUCAUUGGCUGUGACUUAAGUUUUAGUUUGAGGAUUUUUUCUCCUUUGUGACAAUUCUAAUGAAGUUUAUAUGGAAAAUGGAUAUGCUGUGAUACACAAAACACAUCUUAAUGCUGUUCAGUGGCAGAGAAAUAGCAUAUUGCCUGACUUUGCCUUUGGCCCAGCUGGGAGGUUGAAGCCCUUUUUCUCCACUCUGCUCUCAAACAUUAAACUUUCUUCACUCUACUUACUUGCAAUGUUAAAACUUCUUCCUGAUGUAUAAAGAGCUGGAGCCACUUACAGUCUUGCAGCUAGAAGCAUAACAUUUUUUUUUAACUAGACCUAUGGUUUCCUUUAUUCCUAUACUGGUUUCUGCCAAACUCAGUGUGAGCUGAAUGAGCUCUGAGUAGUAUUAGCUUCUGUUUUUUUCUUAAAAUUAGCUUUCCAGCAAAGCUUCCAUUAACUUUAUGGACUUUCAUAUCUCUUGAAUUAGCAACAGGGUUGGUUGCUAAGAAAAAAAGAGGAUUUCAAGAAUGGCUUACCCUUGUCAUCUUUUCCACUCUGCUGCUUCUCACUUUUUACUCCUGGAUUCUGGGCUUGUGCAGCACUUCCAGAAUCAACACAGGGAAAAAUGAUUAAAAUCAAAUGAGGUAACCUUGACAAUGUAUCACCUUCUGUGAAGGCCCACUUUUGUUUGUUUUUCUUCCACAGUGGUUCUGCAUGCUGGAUCUGGUUAUAUUCAUUGGUCUGUAUAUUUCUGAACUAAUACUAAUAAAUUACAUUAUAAUGGAACAGGCCUAA